GAUGACCAUCAACGCAGAAUGCCAGCUGCAGCUCCAUAAUUUCCCGAUGGACGAACACUCCUGUCCUCUCGUCUUCUCCAGCUACGGCUACCCACGAGACGAGAUUAUUUACAAGUGGAGUCGCAACUCGGUGGAGACUUCGGACCAGAAAUACUGGAGGCUCUACCAGUUUGAUUUCAUGGGGCUCAGAAACUCCACGGAUGUUCUCACGACAACAGCAGGCGACUAUGUGGUGCUGACGGUGUACUUCGACCUCAGCAGGAGGAUGGGAUACUUCACCAUCCAGACCUACAUCCCCUGCAUCCUGACCGUGGUUCUGUCCUGGGUCUCCUUCUGGAUCAAGAGCGACGCCACGCCCGCUCGCACCGCUCUAGGUAUCACCACGGUGCUGACCAUGACCACGCUGAGCACAGUGGCCAGGAACUCGCUGCCCAGAGUGUCCUACGUGACGGCCAUGGACCUGUUCGUCACCGUCUGCUUCCUGUUCGUCUUCGCCGCCAUGAUCGAGUACGCCAUGCUCAACUACUGCGCCUACAGUCUACGCAGACCUCCUGCCAAGACACAGAGAAUGGUCUACUCAUCUUUCAACAUGGGUCACGCGCCUCGCUCCAUGAUGCCCAUGGGCAACUCUCUGUUCUGGCAGGAGUACGACGACAACUGCCUGUACGAGUGCCUCGACGGGAAGGACUGCAAGAGCUUCUUCUGCUGCUACGAGGAGUGUAAAGAAGGCGGCUGGAGGAAAGGACGCAUCCACGUCAACAUCGGGGAGCUGGACGCCUACUCUCGGGUUUUCUUCCCCACCUCCUUCCUGCUUUUCAACAUAGUCUACUGGGUCAGCUACCUCUACCUCUAGGGGGGUCUCGGGCUGCGACACGUUGGGCUCAAACAGCCACGGUCCACUUUGCACCGCGGCCCGAGAUUUAAGGUCAAAACUAAGCGAGGAAAUGGAGGAAAAACUGUGGAUUACGAAAGACAAGCCGCGAGAUAUACACGUGUGCUGUGGAGGCCAUGAUGCUUUGAGCGGUGGCACUCCGAGGAGAUAUAAACGCUCGACUGUAGAUCAGCAAGCCGCCAGCAUUAACUCGAAUGGUCCCGUUUAUGGCUCUCUCAGAAACCAGGCGACAGACAGCUGUGGCUUCAGAGACGCGCGGGGACGGGUGCGUUGCUCCGUCUCGGUCAUCGAGAUGGCGAAGCACCCAUAGUGCCUUCUUUAGACAGGGUGCGGCACCCAGAGACCCGGCUUCAUUAUCUUUAGGCAGCGGAGGUUGAAGGGAUGGCUUUGGCAUUCAGAAAUAAACCCCUUUGCUACAGGUGGCAGAAAUCUAUCUCAAUAAAUAACACUUACUGUAAAUUGGCUCCUCGGCGCCCUCAUCUGAAGCGCUGGAGGAAAUGGAUGGCAUUUCUAUGAUAAAACAAAACGGGAAAUGGGACGUAUUGGAGGGUAUUUCACUAAAUACACUCAAUCAAUUAAACUACUACUGGUAGAAGUAGGAGAAGCUAAAAUGUCAAGAGGUGUUGCAAAGUGUGACGUUUUGUUCCUCUCGCCUCCUUAGCCACCCUUCAAUCGUCGCUGUUUGAAUCCCUAUAACCUCACACACCACCCGCCGCAUGCUGAGCUGCCUAUUCUUUGAUGAGCCUGGAACACCACUGGAGAUGUUUAAAACUAACACUCACUUUUAGUUCAACCUUAGAAUUAGUUUCUUAGAAUAGCAACCUUUUUCUUCUUCUUAUAAUUACCAUUAUAAUUGAAAUGAGUUGUCUUUUUCACACCUAGCUCAGCCGUCACCUGUUAAUCGUUGAAUAUGAGUUGGUGGUUGUCUGGUGAGCUUGUGUUCAUGAUGCUUUAUGAGACAGCCAUGCAGAUUACAGUAGAUGCCAAGAAGAUGUGUGUUUUAUAAGAAAUGCUGGGUUACAUUCUUACAAGUAAAUACAUACAAUCUAAUACUUAACAUGCUAAUCUCAUACACAGGCAUGACAUGUAUGUUACAGUAUAUGAAUAAACAGAUUAGGGUUAGAGCAACACUUUUCCUUAUUUACAUACACAAUGAUGUGGUAUUAUUAUCGUCAGCGAGGCCUCUGGAUAGUUUAAAGGGAAAGUUCAACAUUUGUUUAUCAUAAAUUCUCAAUUAGUAGCCAGAAGCGUUUCUGUAUGGAUGAACACCUCCAUAAGAGACUUGAAAGUGAAGUUAAGUUCCCCCGUAAAUUGACCCAGUAAAGCAACACGUUCUUGAUGAAGCCCAUUCCCCCAGCAAGAGUCACUUUGGCCUGUUCCCAAAUCAAGCUCAACUCUACAUACAUUAUUUUCACAUUGAAAUUGUUGCAGCCGUGUUGGUUUAUGGGUAAAAGCAGGACCUCUAAAGGUUCACACGGUUACUUCUGCAGGUUGAAUGAAACUGUCCCGCUUUGGACUUCACAUUAAACCAAGAGAUGUGUUACUGAGUGAGCUUUAUAAGCCACACUAUGCUGUAUCUGGCUUCAGCUUUAGUUCUCCAUCUUAUUCUCUGCAACUAAGCAAGUGAACUUAUAACAAAUGUAGAACUUUUCCAAUAGGCCAUAUCAAUCCUAAAGCACAUACAAACUGUACUUGACGUAUUGGUGUUUCAUUACACUUUCAGACGUAGAGCUUGAGUGCAUAACGUUUGGAGUGUUCCUGAGAGCUUCAUGGCAGGAGUACGACGGUGCUCUAAAAUGACUUCUAUAUAUCGUGAUACUUCAGACUGAAAUGGACGUCCCACACCCUCUCCUCUGACAUGUCAAACGGAUGCUACACUUGGAGGUACGCGAACACCACAGGGGCGGUAAACGGCUCUUGAAGCGUUAUGGUUUUGUUUACUGUUCUAUGGUGUUUUUUGCAGUUGUUGGCUUUGUAGAACAAUCAAACCCCACUUCUCCCUUUCCCCCAACGCACACCAACACACACACACACACACACACACACACACUUUCCCCCCGGUAUUUAUAUGUUGAGAGAAAAGCUUUUAUGUAAGAUGUAAUUAAUGUUUCUAUUUUCAUACAGUUGUAUAUGGAAUGUAAGUUAGGCCAGUAGCGAGGCCGGAGUCAAUCUGGUUCCAGUUCAGUCAGUUCAAGCAGCUCAUAUUUAGGGGUCCUAUAUAUUCAUGAGGCUGGCAGACAUAUUUGAGGCCUGUCUAAAAGUGUGUUAGAACAAUAGAAUUUCUGCAGGGAUGACAUACUUGGAGAAUUAACAACAAAACAAUGGGAUUGCUCCAGAUGUAUUCAGAAAAUAAGCUCUGCGGUAAACCAAAGUUAUGCAGAAAAUGCUCAUUGCUGGAAUACUCGAUAGAUUAGCUCAUAGCAGACAUUAGCAUUUACAUCUGUGUAUCUUUAUGAACUGGCUGAAUUGAACACACCACAGUCAAGUGUCCUCACCUCUGAUAUUUCUACUACACUUUAUAAGUGUCUUAGUGCGUUGAGAUACUUCAAUAAAACAAAAUCACUAUUUUCUACCUUAAUGAAAAUCACCUGUGUUUCAGCUGUAUUUAUAAAGCCUCUUUACAAUCAGAGCAUCAUUUACUCGCUGAAAGCUUCCGGAGACCCCCAUUAAAGCAGAGCGCCGGCCACACAUCAUGCAUCUGUUACGUCACCUGUUUAGUUUUGAUUGUCAGCGAGGUCUCUGGGGACACGGCUGUAUGAAAGGGACGCCACUCUGACUCUGGAUCAGCACUCCUUCCUUCGGGGGGAAUAUUUUAUGAAAACAGGAUCGAGAGUGAAAAUAGGUAUCUUUUUUCUAGUGUGUGGUACAUUGCUUAUAUUAAUAAAUAACGUUUUGGUCAAGUG